CAAUGACAGUGCAAAAUCACUUGAUACUUGGUUAAAAAAAUUUACUUUAACUCGCACUAGCAGUUGCAUUCAUCACUAUCCCAAUUUAGAUCGUACCAACGAUUCACCUUGAGCUGAAUCGCAUUUACAUGCAAAUUGAUGAACACUUGUAGUUCGUAAUAGUUGGUAACCCAGAUAGUUGUGCGCUUCAGUGUUUCUCAAUGUUCAGCGCCUCGCAUCGAUAAAUGAAAGCGGUGCCUUAGGGAAUGCAUACCCCUAGUUCCCCCUGACUGCUUUCCAGAUUUCACUUUUCUCAACUCCGUUAAUAGUAUCAACAAAAUGAUUGCAGUAUUAGUAGGAGCGGUGACUAUCAUUUUGUGUGUCUACGUGUAUUUGCAUCGACGCUAUACUUAUUGGACAAGGAAAAACUUGAAACAACUUGAUACAACAUGGUUAUUGGGAAACAUGGACAAGGCUACAUUCAGACAGGAGUCCUUUGCUGACAUGGUGAAACGAAUGUAUGAUGCUGAUCGUGGAGAAAGGUUUUCCGGAAUGUAUCAAAUGAAUAUACCAACACUAAUCAUCCGAGACCUCGAACUAAUAAAACAGGUGUGUGUCAAAGAUUUUGACCAUUUUGUGGACCACAGAUCGUUUAUCCCAGACAACUGUGACCCUUUGUGGGAAAAAAAUUUGUUUGCUCUCAAAGGGCAAAGAUGGAAAGAAAUGAGACCUAUUCUGAGUCCAUCUUUUACCAGCAGCAAAAUGAGGGCAAUGUUCUUGUUGAUGUCGGAUUGUGCCGAAAGAUUCUCCGAGUUUUUCGUCAAAAAGGACGAUGACAUCGUUGAAAUGGAAAUGAAAGACUCCUUUACAAGAUACUGCAAUGAUGUGAUUGCUACGUGUGCGUUUGGUAUAGAAUGUGACUCACUCAAUCAACCGAAUAACGCUUUUUACCUUAUGGGCAAAAGGACGACGGAUUUCUCUUCAAUUACAAUGACAUUGAAGUUCAUCGGAUUUUCACUUGCUCCUUGGAUAUUCGAGUUAUUGAAAAUUCCCCUGUUCGAUGAAGAGGUGAAACAUUUUUUUUAUAAUUUGGUGGAUGAUACCAUAAAAGCUAGAGAGGAAAAAGGAAUCGUGAGACCGGAUAUGAUCAAUCUACUCAUGGAAGCCAGAAAAGGAAAGAUUAAGCAAGAAGAAGAGACCGUUAUUGAUACGGGAUUCUCCACAGUUCAGGAGUCUAAUGUGUUCAAAGGCAAAUCCGCCGUAACAGAAAUCACUAACCAAGAUAUUGCUUCCCAAGCGAUGGUAUUCUUCUUCGGUGGUUUCGACUCAGUGUCAAACUUGAUGUGUUUCAUGGCACAUGAAUUGGCUGUAAACCCGGAUGUUCAAAGCCGGUUACGAGAUGAAAUCCUGGACACUACAAGCGCUUGUAACGGAAAGCUUACUUACGAAGCUUUACUCAAAAUGAAAUAUAUGGAUAUGGUAGUAUCUGAAACGUUGCGAAAAUGGCCGAAUAACGUAGCUACGGAUCGAGUCUGUACGAAAUCAUACACGAUAGAACCAUCCAAGCCUGGAGAGAAGCCUUUACAGUUGAGUGAGGAUGAUACAAUUUGGGUGCCCAUCUAUGGACUCCACCACGACUACAGAUAUUUUCCCCAUCCAGAAAGGUUUGAUCCAGAAAGAUUCAGCGAUGAGAACAAAGACAAAAUUAUACCUUACACCUAUCUGCCAUUUGGAGUUGGGCCCAGAAAUUGCAUUGGUUCCCGGUUUGCGUUGUUAGAAACGAAGGCUGUUUUCUUCCAUUUGCUGUCAAAGUUCGAAAUUGUACCAACAAAUAAGACGCAAGUACCAUUGAAACUGAAUAGAAGAUCUUUCAAUUUCGUUGCAGAAAAUGGGUUCUGGUUGGGUUUGAAGAAGCUAAAUUUGUGAUUAUAAUCAUCAGUCUGAUUAUAUUCAAACAUAUUUUAUUCAACCAAGUUUCUAAUGCCUCAUUUUCAAUAUAUACGUGUAUAUAUAUAUAUAUAUAUAUAUGAUACUGAGUCCUGGGAUGACAUAUAUAGGUCAAGUUACGAUGAAACACAACGAAAUUCCUAGAAAAAACAGUUUCAGAAAAUGAAACAGAAUAUACCAUUUACAGCCUAAAAAAAAUAAAAAGAGUCCAGGUUUAGAUGGCAUACGAUCAGAUGUACUCAAAAAAAUUGCACCUGAAAUUAGAAAACCAAUAACAUUUUUAACAAAUUUGAUAAUUGAAUCUGGGGUUUCCCCAGACCGCUACAAAAUAGGAAUAAUAACACCGAUUCAAUACUCAAGACGCAGUUUCCUUGUUAACUUCAAAAAUUCAUAAAUUAUUAGAAUAAAGUAAAUAUACAUUAUGCAUAUUCCUAGACCUAGCAAAAGCGUUCGAUACGGUGGAUCACUCGCUACUAUUAGAAACUUUAUACGAUGCAGGAAUUAGAGGAAACGCUCAAAACCUUAUGAGAAGUUACCUGUUUUACAGAAAGCAAUAUGUUCAAAUAAAUUAUUCCAUAAGUUCAGAAAAAAACUGUGACUUAUGGUGUACCACAAGGGACAGUUUUAGGCCCGUUAUUUUUUACUGUGUAUAUUAAUAGACUACUUAGCUUGAAGUUGUAAGGCACAAUAAUAUGUUUUGCAGAUGGCACAGCGAUACUUUAUACUAAUAACAAUUCCUGGGAUAAUCUUAAAGCGGCUGUUGAAAAUGACGUUAUUUUAAUUUCAGAUUGGUUUAGACACAAAUAUCUAACAAUCAAUUUUCAGAAAACCAAGUAUAUGCCGUUCACAAACCUUAAAAAUAAAUUACAGUCAUUUACCUCUUUUCAAAUUAAAUGUGACAAUACAAGUACAUUAAUACAUUCAGCUGAUAAAACAAAAUAUUUAGGUGUUCAUUUGGAUCCUCAUUUAAAGUGGAAUUUCCAUGUUGAUCAUAUAGUAACUAAUUUAAGACGAUUAUUAUUCAAAUUCAAGUACCACACUUAUUGAAUGUCGCCUAAAUUAUGCCAUACUUGGGGUGGUGCUCUCACCAACCAAAUUAAGAAGCUAGAAAUAAUCAAAAAAUAAUUUUUGAAAAUUAUUUUUAAACGGCCAAUUCUAUAUCCAUCUGAUAUGUUAUAUUCCAAAGCGAGACUACUCGAUCUUAGGCAACCCUUUUUUUACAAUGUUUUGAUCAAUUUAUUCAAAAAUAAAACAAACCUCAUUUCAUUGGGCCACAAAUAUGAAACAAGAAGUAAAGUCGAGGAUAUUAAAAAAACACCAUUUACAACAAAACAUGUACGUCAAAGAUGCUUCAGUUACCUCUCCACUAGAUUUUAUAAGUUUUUAUAAAAUCCAUUUCAAAUAAAAAUAGAUUCAAGAUUGAAAUAAAAAAAUUCUUGUUAAAUAAUAAUCGACAUGAAAACUCACUAAAAUGAAAAUAAGUUAGUAUUUGAAUAUAAUAUUAUUACACUUACCUUUAUGAUUAUGUUGUGUUUAAAUUUAUGUAUUAACUGUAUUUAACUGUGUUAAGCAAAAAUUGUGUGAAACAUGUUUUCCCACGCACAAGAGUUAAAUUCUUCUGUGGGAUUAUUUCAGUUUAUUUGCGUAUAUAUGCAUAUUUAUUUUCAAUAAACUGUGAUACCUUAUACGUGAAUAAACUUAUAUUAUUAUUAUAUGUAUUACGUACCUAUUCAAUAAACAUAUGA